AUGGUAUCAGAAAGCAUUAAAGCUACCAAAUGGUACAAAGGACUUAAGUGGGUAGUCGAUUUUCUUAUAGGACAAUGGUUUUUUGUAUUUUUGGGUAUUUUCAUCAUGUUGGCUUACUUUUUCCCUGAGUUUGCUAAACUGCAUGGUACUUUAAAAGCCCAGUAUGUUAUCAGUUAUGGAGCUGUUGCCCUUAUUUUCCUUAUUAGUGGUAUGUCUAUGUCCACAAAAGACUUAGCUAAGAAUAUGUUAAACUGGAGAGCUCAUUUUACUGUGUUAACCAUGUCUUUUUUAAUAACAAGUUCCAUCAUCUUCGGAUUUGCUUGUGCUGUUAAGAGAGCUAACAAUGGUAGCACUAUUGACAAUUAUUUAUUGGUUGGUAUGAUUGUCACCCAUUCAUGUCCAACUACAGUUUCAUCUAAUGUGGUUAUGACUAAACAAGCUCAUGGAAAUGAUAUCUUGACAUUAUGUGAAGUUUUCAUUGGAAAUAUUCUUGGAGCUUUCAUAACUCCAUUAUUAGUUCAAAUGUACUUACAAGGAGAAUGGAGAUUUGGAAAUCCAGCUUAUCAACCAGGUGGUGUUGACAUUCCUUUGACAACUUUAUAUGGUAAUGUUAUGAAACAAUUAGGAUUAUCAGUAUUUGUACCGUUAUUUGUUGGUCAAGUAUUACAAAAUGUUUUCCCUAAACAAGUUAAAUGGAGUUUAACCACAUUCAAGUUAAGUAAAGUUGGUUCAUUCAUGUUGAUUUUAAUUAUGUGGCAAUCAUUUUCAACUGCCUUUUCUCAAAGAGCUUUUGAAUCAGUUUCUCAUGCAUCAAUUAUCUUCAUUUGUUUCUUCAAUAUCGCUAUUUACUUAUUUUUCACAGCUUUAUCAUUUGCCUAUUCCCGUCCAUGGUUCAUUCUCAAACUUUUCCCUACAGAACCAACCGUUGAAUCCUCAAAAGCUUACACCAUCUGUUACAAAUUAUUCAGACCAUUUUAUUAUAAUAAGAGAGAUACGGUUUCAGUAAUGUUAUGUGGACCUGCUAAGACCGCAGCUUUAGGAGUUUCAUUGAUUUCUUCUCAAUAUGGAUCUGAUAAUCCAAAAUUAGGUAUUUUAUUAGUUCCUUUGGUUUUAUAUCAAGCCGAACAAGUAUUUACAGCUCAAAUUUUAGUCAAUUUUAUGAAAAAAUGGAUUUAUUAUGGUGAGGCCAAAGCUGAAGACAUAGAGAACCCUACAGUAGAUGAAGAGACACCUAUCAAUAAUAACACCACCAACUAUGUAGGAGAGGAACAAUCAAGUAAUUCAAGACAAGACUUUGAUAAAGUUUCAGCCACUUAA